AAUUAAUUUGAUAAAUUUUAUUAAUUCUUGCCGAUACAAAUGCAAAAAAAUACUAAGGCUUACAACUCAAUCAAGAGAUGAAAACGCGUCAUGAAAUUUAUUAACUUUGUUUUCAAUGCAGUAACUGCUAAAUUAUCUGUUUAUUUUACUGACUUUAAUUAUGCUUGAAGCGAUAAUACAUUGCCGGGAGCAAUGAUAUCAGUUGCAUGUAUGCAGUAUAUAAUUCUUGACACGUGUACAAUUAUCUAUCAUGUGAUUGUGAGGAAAUAAAAACAGAAGAAUGAUUUAACGAAUAUGAAUUUUUUAACAGAGAUCAUUUAGUGAAUACGUUCAAUGUUCUUUCUUCUUUGUGAUUAAUUGACUGUGAUGUGAAAUUACAUACAUUGUUAAAUUUUCUACAUAAGAAACCCGUGUUUAUCAUGAAUUACUUUAGUAUCUUCUAUAUCAUUAUAUAAUAAAUAUAUAUUUUGAUAAUUAUGAUUCAAAUAACUUAGCAUUAAAAGUUACCAUUAAAAUAUGUUACAAUACUAUUCAUUUUUAAUCGUGUAUAUAGGAGUAUUGAUUUUUUCGAGGUACAUCGAAAUAAAAUUUUAAAAUUUGAAAAUAUGCGUUAUAUCCUUUUUUUUAUCAUUCUGCUCUUUAGUCUAUAAGAGUUUUGUAAAUAAACUUUUUUAUUGUGUGUUGUGUGCUGUUAUACCGGUAAAGCACUAUAAAGAAAUGAUGGCAGCACCACACAGCAAUGCGCAGUGGCCACCCAUAUUGAUUAUCGUAGAUGGAGACAUAGUCGGCGGGAAAAUCAAUAUCUUCAUUUUGCCGGUGCUCUCGCUAUUUUCGACGUGAAAUUCUCUCUUUGCUCGACAUUUUGUACGAAUUCCAAGUUCUUUCUACGAGUUCGCUAAUUCCAAAAUACGUGUUGCUGGGCGAAUAAUCGUAUUGUUGUGAAACUGCGAUGUAGUCGCGUUAGUGCGCAUUCACACAUCUUCUUCGCUUGAGCUUGAGGUGUGCCAUCUCUUUGGUACCUGCAGCUCAAUUGGAGCAUUCAUUAUUAGCAAGCCUCUACUUGUCAUUAAUAAAACAACUGGUGGUGAUAAAAGAAGAACGCCUGAAGAAAUUACAAGGAACAGCGACGCAACUGGCAUACGCAGAGUUUUGCGUUGUUACCAACAACGUAAAAUCCAACAACUGAUUGUAAUAUAUCGCCAUUUACUGGUGACUCAUCCAUUGUGACACAUUUUUAUAUCAGCUGAUCGACGUAAUAGAAAAAAGAAGAUACUUAAUUGUAUUGAAUAAAUUAAUUGUCAACUAACAGACGUAUAACUAAAGAAAUAUAUAUAUAUCGAAAAAUCAACGAAAUUAUUAAUUACAAUCGUAAUAUUAAUAACGGAAGAAAGAUCUGACUUGAAUAAACGAGAGCUGUUCUAAUCUGUGUAAAAUUAUUGCUGUGAAAAAAAUCUGUGCAAAUCAAAGAAUCUCUGCAUAAUAGCGAACGACCACUGAAAAAUAUCGCAUAAAUCUGCAAGAUCGAUCGAAAUAGCGACGAUAGAGGAAUCGUCUUCUAUGCGGCAGGAAUCCCUGACUAGUCUGAAAUUGAGGCCACCGGGCGACCACGGUGGUAUACAUCACGGCGGGGUCAUGUUGGAAGAAGAUAUGGCUGGUGCUCAGGACACAAUAUAUCUGUGCAAUUUUCGAGUGUCGGUAGAUGGCGAGUGGCUCUGUUUGAAGGAGCUUCAAGAUGUCGAAUACUCACUCCAAGAUUCGAUGCAGCGGUCACCAUCACCGCCGCUCGCUCUCAGUGGUAUUAAUCAUCAUCAUGAUCAUCAUCACCAUCAUCAUCAUCAACAGCUUCCCGAGCAGCAAGAGCUUCGCGAUAUUAUGCCAUCAAGUCCACCGCCAUUGCAGCACGUCUCCAGCUUGUCACGAGAUCCGGUCAUCAUCGAGAGGAGUAAUCUUGUUAACAUUUCGAAACUAAUUGUGAAGGAGCUGAUUGAAACAUCUUUGAAAUAUGGUCGUAUGCUUGAUUCCGAUCAUAUGCCGUUGCAACAUUUCUUCAUCGUUCUUGAACACGUGCUUAGGCAUGGUUUACGGCCGAAGAAGGGUCUUCUUGGACCCAAAAAGGAGCUGUGGGAUAUUCUUCAGCUCGUAGAGAAAUAUUGUCCUGAAGCACAAGAUAUUACGUCCAGUAUUCGUGAUUUGCCUACUGUUAGAACAGCUAUGGGUAGGGCGCGUGCUUGGUUGCGCAUGGCAUUGAUGCAAAAGAAAUUAGCAGACUAUCUCAAGGUUCUAAUUGAUCACAAAGAUGAUAUUUUAUCCGAAUAUUUCGAACCAGAUGCUCUGAUGAUGAGCGAAGAAGCAAUUGUAGUCAUGGGUUUAUUAGUGGGAUUAAACGUAAUUGAUUGCAACUUCUGCGUAAAGGAAGAAGACCUCGAUUGUCAGCAGGGCGUAAUCGACUUUUCAUUAUAUCUACGCAACAGUAAUCAUAUACCUGGUGAAUCGCCAGAUGACGAACUCGAAAAUGAUAACAUGACUACAGUACUUGAUCAGAAAAAUUAUAUCGAAGAGCUUAAUCGACAUUUAAAUGCAACAGUAACGAAUCUUCAAGCUAAAGUAGAAUCUUUGACGACAACGAACGCUCUUAUGAAAGAGGAUCUUGCCAUUGCUAAAAAUAAUAUUUUAUCGCUUCAAGAUGAAAACAGACAGUUAAAGAAGGAACUUGGUAUUGAAGUUAAAGAUGCAAAUGAGAACGGAAAAGUACCUCUUAAAAUAACAGAAACUACUGCUGAAAUCGAAGAGCUUAGAUGCAGAAUAGAAUCUGAGAAGAAAUCUAAGCAAGAUUUAGAGAAAGAGCUAGAACUGCAGAUUAGCAUGAAAUCCGAAAUGGAAGUAGCUAUGAAGUUGUUAGAAAAGGAUAUACACGAGAAGCAGGAUACUAUUAUAUCUUUAAGGCGACAGCUGGAGGAUAUCAAAUUAAUCAACUUGGAAAUGUACAAAAAGCUGCAGGAGUGUGAGCAUGAGCUGACACAGAAGGGCGAGAUGGUGAGCCGUCUUCACGCGAAGACCAAUCAGAUCGGCAAGAUCCUUAACAACCUCGAGAAAUAUAAUUAUUUGAUGAAGGACGGCGAAGGUAUACGAAGUCCCACCACUCCGGGUGGCGUAUCGAAAUCUAUUCUUAAUAAGGCUAGUCCCACUUCCCCGAGGGGUUGCCCACCCGUAGAGAAUGCCCGGCCGACGGUCGAUCAUCAGCGCUCUCUUGACGAACACCCGGCGACAGCUUCUAAUGACAAAUUGAAACAGAGUCGUUCUACCUCCGAGAUUUCCAUGAAUAGUUCAACGACCGAGCAAGCUGCAAAAGAAUAGAGAGACAGCCUACCCUUACACGAUUAAUUCCACAGCGAAUCUUGACACUUCGGAUAUCGCGGCUAUUCAGCGCUGCACGCGAGGCGUACAUUUUUUAUACGUACACCCUACAGAGUCGUGCAAAAUUACUUUGCCAGAUUUCCGUCUGUGUUUCGCGCACAGCAUACUCUCGUGCACAUUUAUUCAGUGCCACUUUUGAAGAUUAAUUGACGUUACGUUAACAAAUUAUACGUAAUUACUAUGAUGUAACGAAAUGAUUUAGCACUCUUUGAGAUCGAAUUGCUGACGCUUUAAUCCAAUACAGACUGUUACUUUUAAGAUACAAUAACUUUUGUAAAAGUUUCUACACUGAGAAAAAAAUGUUGUUAAUUUGAUUAAAUUUCUUUAUUUUAAGUAUUGUAUGUAAAAUACUUGAACUUUAAAUAUUUAUAUAUUUGACUGAAAUACAUAAAUAGUUAAAUUGAAGAAAUUUAAUUAAGUUGAAAAAGUUAACUUUUUUUUCAGUGUACAAUAUUAUGUUAUGAAGUAUAUGUAUGUACUCAUAUUUUUCGUUGAAAAAAUGAUUGUUAAUAAUUUAUUAAUUUAAAAAAUUUUUAAUAUUAGUCAUAGUUAGUAUUAAUUGAGUUUUAAAAAAUUUAUCGAUUUAUUUACAACAUUGACAUGUGAAGUGACAAUAUCUAUCGUAUAUAAUAAUUGCACAAUAUGUAAUAAAAAGUACUUAUUUUCUGUUAUAAUAAAAAAUGUUUCACAGAUUAUAAUAUUAUAAAAAUUCGUAACCUAAUAUUUUUUAAAUAAUUUAUUAUUAUUAUUUGCCUAUCUCAUAUUAUAGAUGCAAGACACAAAUUUUAUUUACAGGAUUAGCAGUUUAAAAAAAUGUCAAUAUGCAUUUCGUUACAUCAUACUUGCGAAAAUGUCACACAUUCUACAAAUUAUAAAUUUCAAGAAAGUAGUUAUUUUAUUGAACUUAUAUUAUCAUAUGCCUAAAAAUUAUUAUGAAAAUGAUUUUCAUAAUAACUCAAUAUGCACAAUAUUACUAUUUCAGGUUUAUUUAGAUUUGGGCAAGCAUCGUUUCUUUUUUUUUUCCGUUUGUACUCAAUAAAUAUUUAUUUCAGGAAUGCGAAGGCUCACUUAAGCAUAAGACAGAACUGAUUACAAAGCUGGAAGCUAAAACACUGUCGAUGAGCGAGACCAUCCAGAAAAUGGAUGAAAAGUACGUUUUAUUUGUCUUUCAUUAGUGUUAAUUAAUUUAUAAGUGCAAUUUGAUCACGCGCAUACUCGAAAUUAAAAGUGGCGCUCACGUAGGUCUUUAUUGUAACAAUAUAUACAUCAAAAAAUGUUUUGCACUUUACUAUCUUACGUUUUAUAUACAUAUAUGAGGCGUUAACACCCUUUUUCCCGCUAAGUAUCUUAUCUGAUUAAUUAUUAUUAAAGGUAUAUUGUUAUGCCAGCUUUCUGUUUAGUAAUGUCAUGAAUUUUUAAUAUACUGUAUGAUAAGUGUAAUGAUGGGACUAGUUUAAUCAAUAUUGCUUUAUCUAAUGACGUAUUAAUGCCAUCAACAUUUUUCAUACAAGAAUGUAAGCGUGCAAGAAUAAUACAAAUUAAUAUAUAUGUUAUCAGGAAUCUAGCAAAAACUCAUUUUCAUUCUGUUCGUAAAAUGGUAAAGAUGUACAUUUCAGGAAACGGCCGUACACUGUUUGUUGUAAAUAAAUUAUUUUUUUAUCUCACAGAAUAUUUAAUUUCCAUUACGUAAUUAUUAUACUCAAUUGUAUUUUAAUUAAUCUUGUAUCUGUAAUAUAUCGAAAAUUCUAACUAUGCAAAACUUUUUUUGAUGCACUUAUAUAUUUUACCAUUUUAAGAUAUUUUAUUAUUCCAUCUUCAAUCUAUACAUACAGAUUUAAAAUUUAGCAUGGAAGAGUGUCUUCUAAUUGUGUAGAAGACUACAUUUAUCAUCCUAAAAAAUAUGAAAAGGGCUAAUGUUCGCAUAUCUUACAGGCUUCAAAAUUUUGGUUGAAUCAUUGUGAUCGAUAUUGUUCAGCAAACAUGUGACAUUUAAAACGCGUGAGAGCUCGACUGUUCUUUUCUAUCAAACUUCUCGUCUGAUGUUAGUAUUUCUUAAAAAAGCGUUGAAAAUGUCUCCAUUACUGAACUAUUUUAAUAGGCAUUAUUUACGUACAAAUAUAAUUGUUGUGAUAAGAUUUUCCUAUCAACUGUCGUUACAUGAUAUUUUGGUAUGCGAAAGGCUAUACCAACAUUUAAAUAAAGCAUGCAAAUAAAUGGACAAGCUCUAGCUAGAGAUGAUUUAUUUUUUACUUAGACGUCGCGAAUACGAUUUAGGUAGAAUAGAUUGAAGACUCGCGAAGCUCUAGGAUUAAAUCAAGUCUGUUACGGGGAUAUUGGCAAACUAAAUGGCUAUUCUACAUGACUAGUUAUAUCAAUAUGUAGUUGUUAAUAUUGAAAAGACAUAUUUUAAAGUCUUUUGCAAUAAUCGAUAAAUUUAUACAUUAUCAUAAUUAUACUAAUAAAAUUCAUUAAUGUUAUUGAAUAGGAAAAAGAGUAAUAUCGAACAUCUGCUCAUUUGAUCUCAUUUUUAUUAUUUCUUCGUGUUUAUAAUAUCCAGAUACAUAAAAAUUAAUUUUUUAUUAUUGACGAAUUUUCGUCUAAUAUUAUUUCAAGAGUUAAUAUAAAUUUUUGAAUUUUUCUUUGCAUCUAAAUUAAAAUGCUCACUUCCAUUCAUGAUAAGCACGUUUAAGGAACUGGACUUGCAAUCAUUCUUCACCGAAUCAUUCCUUCUUUAUUUGAUGUUCACACAUGAAAAAACAGCUUUGUUUUAAGCCAAAUUAUUAAUAUCUGUCGAUACAUUAUCCAUACAAGGUAUUUUUCUGAGAUAAUAGCUUUCUUAUCUGAAAUAAAAUGUUCGAUGGUAAUUAAUUAAACGUGCCACAUCCAUAUUACUGAUAUACUCACGUAUUUGUAUAAGCCUCGCGCAAUGGAAGUUAUAACGCACUCAGAUACUACGUGUGCUUGUACCAACACUACGAAAAUAAAUUUAUGACAGAAGAGAG